CACCGCGCGCGGUGAGCUGGAGGAGGAGAAGCUCCGCGUGCAGCGGCUCAAGAGGAAAUCCCUGCGCGAGCGCUGGCUGAUGGACGGCGCCGCCGAAGGACCUAAGCAGCACGGGGACCCCACUGCCCAGGACCCUGAGUCGGCGGAGGGCCAGGCCCAGGCCCGUAUCCGAAACCUGGAGGACAGCCUGUUCACACUGCAGUCCCAGCUCCAGCUGCUGCAAAGCGCCUCCACAGGUGCCCAGCACCGGCCCCCAGGCAGGCCCUCCUGGCGCAGACAGGGUCACCGUCCUCUUUCCCAGCCCACCAUGGAGGCAAGUCCUGCAGGCCAGGCAGAUGUGGACAAGAGAGCUUCCCUGCCGGUGGGGCCCAUGGGUUUGUCCCCAGAGUCCCCUUCUGAGCCCAGGGAGUGGGCCCCAAGGCAAGUCCCUGGGGCAGGGGCGUCCCCUCAAGAAGUCAAUGGCCCCUGCUCAGGGCCCAGCCUUCCUCCAGAGCAGCAGCAGAGCCUGGGGACGGGCACCAUGGCCAAGGGGAGUGUGGUGGAGGCCAAAGGGGGGGACAUGGUAGAGGUGGUGUGGGAGGGGCUCCAGGACCCCAAGGACUGUGCCACGGGUGCCACUGGCCCCGUGCUGGAGGCCAGGGUGGAGCAGGUGGUGCUGGAGGCCAUCGGGGACAGGCAGGGGCCGGGCAGCCCCGAGCCCCCCGCCUGGGUGAGGGAGGACAGGGGCAUCGUGGAGGUGGUCUGGGAGGGGCUGGGGGGCAGUGACCACGAGGCCCUGGAGGAGGUGGGCGGUGGUGAACCAGAGCUCCAGGAGCGCCUGGGAGGCACGGGGUCCAGAGACAGGGAGCAUGGCAGGCAGGGGGAUCCCGGAAGGAAUGAGGGCUCCUUCAUCUGGGUGGAGAGGGUGACGGUCAGUGAGGACUGGGAGGAGCUGCUGAUGGAGGGUUUGGAGGGGCCCCCGGGGCCUGGCAGGGAAGCUGGUGUGGAGGGCCCGCCAGGGACCCGUGGGGGAGGGGGUGGGGAGAGGAGAGGGGAGGGGCCUGCAGGAGCAGGGGAGGAGCGGGGCGAGGAGGGGCUGGGGACAGGCGGGGAAGGGAGGCAGAGGGAAAGCCGGGCGUCCUCAGAGCCGGAGGGGACAGCAAGCGAACAGGACUUGGGAGUCGAGAGGGAGGCAACGGAGGGGCCUCUGAGGGCAGAGGGGGAACACAGGGAGGAGAAGCCCGGAGGAGAGGUGGAGGCGCCACUGGGAGUGGACGAGAAGGGAGGAGAGGAGCGGACAGAGGAGAAAGCUGAGGGCCCGUUGGGAUCAGGGAGGGUGGGUGAGGAAGGGUCUCUGGGAGGAGGGAGAGGAGCUGGGGAAGAGCGAGGGGCAGAGGGGAUGGAAGGCGGGCAGCCAGAGGAGAGAGGGGGCGAGGAGGAGCCAGGGGUCGCUGAGGAGCCCGUGGUGACAGGAAGAAAAGAAGGCGAGGAGCCGUUGAGGGGAGAGGAGCCCCGUGGGGCCCAGGACCUGCAGAAUGGAACAGACCAGAGGGAAGCUGGGGAGGGAAGGGAAUCCCAGGCUGCGGCAGGGAGCGAGGCGGGCGCACCCCUCGGGGUCCUGCAGGAACCGACGCCAGAGUUGCAGCCCCCCACCUCCCACGCCGAGGGUGAGGAGGCAAGCGGCCCCAAGCAGAAGACGUGCCAGUGCUGUGCGGUGAUGUGAGCCUGCGCCCGUGCCCCACCUAGUGCCUCUCACAGCUACCUCGCCUCCUGGAAUCCAGCAGGGGGUCCCGGGCACAGGCAGGGCACCACAGGACUGGCCAUGGCACCCGGCCGCCAGCCGGCCCUCACAUCCACUUAUGCCUGGGCUUCCAGACUCCUUGCCCACUGCCUGUGACCCCGGCUCCCUUCUGUGACAAAGCCUUUAUACUUGAAAAUAAAAUGUCUAAGCACUCA